AUGAAGCUUCAAGCUCUCACUCCACCCACACCUCUUUUCUUCUUCUUCUUCUUCUUCACCACCCUCCUCUUUUACCCGACCGAGUCAACUCAGCAUCCAUAUGCCUGUGACUCGUCCCAGCAAUCAGCCAGCUCCUACCCUUUCUGCAAAACCGCCCUCCCCAUCAACCGAAGAGUCCAGGACCUGGUCUUGCGCCUCACAUUGGAUGAGAAAAUCUCCCAACUCUUAACUCGGCCCCUCCGAUUCCCCGACUCGGCAUCCCGAGUUACGAGUGGUGGUCCGAGGCAUUCCACAGCGUCGCCAACGUCGGCAAAGGAAUCAAUCUUUACGGCACCAUUUCUAACGCCACCAGCUUCCCUCAAGUCAUCCUCACCGACAGUGGCAGAUCCAGGAUUAUCGGGCGAAGGGGUCACAGUAUAA